CUCUCCUUCAGUUACUAGUACUAGUGGCAUAUUAGUAUCAAUCAAAGUUCCCUUUUAAGUCAUAAAGAUGUCUUGAAAUUCAUUUCUUGUUCAUGAGGCCUUUCCCACACCAAAAAAAUAAAUGUGACACCUAAACGUGAGGUCCAAGCAAUCUCUUUUUUUCUAUGUUUAAGAACAUAUUAAUCAUGAAACCCUAAAGUGCAAUUAUUUCUACCUACAUGAAUCUCUCUUCCCCUCACCAUCAUCAAAAUAUAAACACACGAGCGCCAAUUAUUUCUUCUGAGGGUGAUGAUCAACUAGAUGUAGUGGUGGGUGACAAAGAUUACUAACCCGUAAUAUUAUUUAUGCAAAUAAACUAAAAAAGUAGAUCAAUAAGAGAGAAUUCAAUUCUUUUCCUUCUAGCUUCUACAACAUUUGGCAUGAAGACACGUGCAAUUGAAGUACAACAAGAGACAAGUUACUUUUUUUCUUUUGUCUUUUGAACCCUUUUUUAUCUCUUGUUUUGCUUAUCUUAGUAUUGUUUGUUUUGAGAAGAAUUUUGUUAAAGUAAUUACAGAGAGACGACCAUGGAAGAAUAAAUCGAUUCCAUAAGAGGGAAAAACAAAGGAGGACAUCAUGACUUGUUGCAGUCAUCAAGAGAAUGGUAGUGAUAAGAAUCAUGAUGAGAGUCCUCCUAAAAGCCACAAAAUGAUGGUUUGUCCUUCUUGUGGUCUUAAAUUCAAUUGUCAAGAAAAGGCUGGAAUCAAUGAUCUUCCGGGUUUGCCUGCUGGGGUGAAAUUCGACCCGAGUGAUCAAGAAAUUCUUGAACAUCUGGAGGCAAAGGUGAGGUCUGAUGUUCAUAAGCUUCAUCCUCUUAUUGAUGAGUUCAUCCAGACACUUGAAGGAGAGAAUGGAAUUUGCUACACCCACCCAGAAAAAUUACCAGGAGUAAGCACAGACGGAUUAGUUCGCCAUUUUUUCCAUCGACCCUCGAAAGCCUACACGACGGGAACUCGGAAAAGAAGAAAAGUUCACACCGAGAUCGACGGCUGCGAGACUCGCUGGCACAAGACAGGGAAGACAAGGCCAGUGGCCGUGAAAGGUAAAGUGAAAGGGUACAAGAAGAUACUUGUGCUUUACACAAACUACGGGAGGCAAAGAAAGCCCGAGAAAACCAAUUGGGUGAUGCAUCAAUAUCACCUUGGCAACAAUGAGGAUGAAAAGGAAGGCGAACUGGUAGUCUCCAAGGUUUUCUACCAAACUCAACCUAGGCAAUGCGGCGGUUCCUUGAUGAUCAAGGAUCCUUCUUCUUCGCCUUUGAAAGAAAAUGGAAGGGUUAAUGGAAGGAAUAUUGAGGAGUCUCAUCAUCAACUUAGUGAUGCUGCUGUUGCUUUUGUUGAGUUCUACAAUCCAAGGCCAGAUCUCAUUUCCUUUAAUCAAUGUGAGUAAAUCUUUAGAAUAUUAGGUGGUUUAAUUUGCGUUUUCGGUAUCUUCAGUCACUCAGUCACAUAACCAUAUAUAGUUUAUCUGUUUUAUUGAUUUAUUUAUCACAGUGAAGUACUUCAUUUGUCCUAAAAUUAUUGUUCAGUUUGUUAAAAUUUUUACUUUUAAUUCAGUUUGUAGUAAUAAUGAAAAUUUAGAGUCCACAAUAAUUUCGGAACGGAGGGAGGAAAGGAGUACUAGAGAUAUUUGAAAUGAUUACUCAUGAGUCAAAAUGAGCGUGACUUUACUGAAGAGAUUUAGUUUUGACUUGGUACUCUAAUUUCAAUAAUUACUUGAUAAAAUUUGUGAAUAAAAUCUGAGUAAUAUAUGGGUUUUUUUUUUUUUUUUUUCUAAAUGAGAGAUUGAAGUAGAAUGGAGUAGCAAGUUAAGUAACAAUUGGGGUAAUUUAACAUAUGAACGGCUAUGCUUAUUCUUAAUCUCUUAAGAAAUGAACUAUUCAUUUCCAUUUCAAUGAAGAAACUGUUCGAUUUUCUCCCAUCUCAUUCCUGACUUCUAUUCUUUUGGCUUUGGUUUUUAUUUCUCUUUUUACAAAAUCUUUGUUAUGGGGUGCAGGAUCCAGACGAGAGUUGAAUAUUAAUUAAUGUAGCUGGGAUACAAGAGGGAAAAAUAAUUAAUUUUAGCAAAGCUGAUUUUGGAGGAAGAGCUGAGGAGGAAGGAAUAAAGAGAUUUUUGGUCCACAUUAUUGAAGGCCAAAAGGGGAUCGAUUCAUACAUAAUUCCAGUGUACUAAUGGAAGCUAGCUAGAUGAUGUUUAAGUUUCACCCAUUUUAUACUGAACCCAUAUUUAUUUAUACCUUACUUUCACUUAUGGCUUUGUACAGGUGGUUGAUUUAUCAAAGCCUAACGUAACUUCUUCAUGAAUUUAUUAAUGCUGAUUGAUGGAUCCUCUAUUCUUACAAUUUACAAACUCCCAAUUCUGAGAAUGAUCAGAUACAAUAACAGUGAUCAAAUGUACAAAGUUCAACUUUAUUUUUUACCAUUUUCAAUUCUAAAUAUGAAGGCCUUUUUAAUUUCCCUC